CAAACCCUAAGCUCUCCUGAUACAAAAAAGGAAUCCUCCACUAACUCACCAAGAAGAAAAUCUGAAGAAUCAUCAGCCUCCGAGUUACUCAGUGCACAGGUGGGUCAGCAUGUUGCCUCCUUGAAAGAAUAUGAUAAUCCUAUCGAAGAAGAAAGAGGUAGCUAAGCUGUCUGAAGUUUUCCCAGUUGAAAACGUGGACAAGAGGACAAGAGCAACAGCAUCACUGAAAAAAGCCCUUACAGAAGAGUGUGACUAUAGGUCAGCUAUUCACAGUAAUGAAUCAUCUUGCAGCUUGCCAUCUAUUCUGAAUGACAACAGUGGAAUAAAGGAAGCAAAACCCGCUCUAUGGCUCCACAGUGUUCUUACAAGGGAACAAGAAGUUUCAAGUGGCUGCGAAGAGGUGAGCCAGGAAGAAAGCACAGCAGCGAAGAUUCCAAUCACAGAAACAAAAGCCUACCAGUUGCUGAAGCAGUCUACCCUUCAGGAUAAUACAAAUCAAACUGAAGACACAUUCCAAAAGGCAGGUGCUUCUGUAUCACAGCUGCCAGAUUUGAACACUGGCAGCAGUCCGUUCAAGACAAAGACAACUAACAAAAUUGCUUCAGAGGCUAGUUUUUCAUCUAGCAAUGGAAGUCCUUUAUCAAGGCGUGAAGACAAAAUGAAAUUAGCUACCAAUUUAAAGCCUACAGCCUUCUGGGGUGAGUCUGAUGACAGUAACUCAGAAAUUGAAGCUGCUUUAUGUCCUAGAAACCACAGCACAUCUACCAAUGAUUUUGAUGAUUUUUAUGACUAAUAAGUUGUAACACCUGUGAGAAAUAAAGUUUUUAAAUGAAAAAAAAAAA